AUGGAGGGCGAGGUCCUGGCGGAGGACGAGCUGCUGCGGAAGCUCAGGGACAGCCGCUGCCGCUUCCAGAGGCGCAUGCAGCAGUUGAUAGAGAAGUACAACCAGCCCUUCGAGGACGGCCCAGUGGUUCAGAUGUCCACGCUGACCUACCAGACGCCCCACGGAUUGCGAAUUUGGGGUGGAAGACUAGUGAAGAGUAGCAGCACAGGACACAUGCAGGUCUCUCCGGUGAAGACGGAUGGCAGGACAGAAGGGCCCGUGCAAGUCCCAGCUGGAGAUCUCGAGCUGUCCCCACCCAACACACCAGCCGACGAUUCAAAAAGCAGUGAUGCUGAUACAACUUUCUUCCAGGAAGAAGUGAUUGCUGGGAACUUAAUGCCUACAGUGCCCUGGAGCCCUUCGAAAAAUGAGCUGAGAAGGAAGUACUUGACGCAAGUGGAUAUCCUCCUGCAGGAUGAAGGGUGUUUGGAGUGUGCUGGUUACAGAGAGAGAAAGGACACCCGUGUGACCCUGGCCCCGUCACUGGCCUCACCCACCAGACCUGCCCAGGGAUACUGCGGGGACGCCUCUGAAGACAGCCCUGCUGGUCCACUCCAGCCGCCUCUAUCACCCAGGGAGGGUGACACCUCUCACUCCUGCUCAGCAGGCCUGGCCGUGGUGCCGAGGGGCAACGGCAUCCCCUUACAAGGGACUGGUGGCGGCAGCUUCUCAAGCAGCCCCUGCUCCGAGGCGGAGGACGUGUGCAACGCGACGCUCAGCGACCUGUACGCGGGCAUGCUGCACUCCAUGAGCCGGCUGCUGGGCGCCAGGCCCUCCUGCAUCAUCUCCACCAAAACGCUCAUCGGCCAGAACUGGAACUCCAGGUGGAGGCACAGGUGUAAGGGCAGAAUGAACAGAACGAGCUGCCGAGGAGGCGGGCGCUCUCGGCGGAGUCCCCAGGAGAGACGUCCACCUUGCUCCAAGCCCCUGGAGGAUGCGGUGGCCUUAAGAGAUCGCGGGAACUUGCCCGAUGUUUCUGCCUCUAAGAUGGGUUCAAAAUCAGGAAGGGCUCUUCUCAAAGUAAACAAACCCCAGAUCCAUACAUUCGCUUCACCUUGGAAGGAGCUUCAGGGAAUGCCCCAGAAGCAUUUGUCAUUGACUUACUUAGACUCCAAAGCAGUGUCUGAUCUUGAUCAGGAAAACAGAUUCGUGACCUUAAAGUGGUUGAUUUCUCCUGUAAAAAUAGCUUCCAGACCCAGAGUCCUACAGGGCCAGGCGGGGAGUCGCUUUAAGGAAAUCGAGAUCAAAUUUGACAAGCUUCAUCAGGAGUAUUGCUUGAGUCCUGGGAAGCGGCCCAGCCUGACUUACCCGCCCGGCUCCUCAGCCGUGGAUGUGUACCGAGGUAGUCCCGUGAGCCCUGGUAGCCCCAAGGGCUUAGAAGCGUAUGGGCUGAGCAGCCCUCUCCGCAGAUCAAAAGCUAAGAGGCUGAGUGAGGCCUUUGAAGGCCUGAGCAGAAGAUCCACCAGAGAGGGUAGCUGCCUGCCGAAGAGUGGUCCCUUCCCCUCACUUUCAAAGACCGACCCCACACACAGUCCAGGCCACCUAGAGCAGACCGUUGACCUUGUUUGUCCAGGAAUUGAUCUGGGAAAGUUUCACAAAUCAGUACCACUCAACAAAGCCAUUUCACUACCCAGGGUACAACCUCUAGGCUUUGCCAGGGAUCACUACGAUGAUAUUAAAGAAAAAUUUGACAAGCUUCAUCAGCAGUAUUGCCAAAAGUCACCUGAGCAGACACAGGCGCCUUCAAAUAAAGCACGUGCAGCAGUUCAGUAUCAAAAAGAAGGCUUCUCAGGAAAAUUCAACCCAGACUCUGGCUGUCGGGGUCCCCCAAGCUUGUCAUUCUCACCCCAGCAGAGCAUAAGAAGCCCGCUGGCUUCCAACACAGUUGGGGCCCCUCCACCGAUAGAUGCUGCUCUUGCUGCCGGGUUGGGCUAUCAGGUCCCCACAAAGCGACGCCGAUUAUCAGACCCUCAGGUGUGCAGAGAGGGGGCCGGACCCUGGGGUUUCUCACCUGUGGGCAGAGCCAUGCCAAGGCCCGCGGAAGAAGUCGACUCUUAA